CUCUUUUUAUUCAUUGCCCCGCGGAUUCCUUAUUUUUUUUUCUAAUGGUUUAUCCUUCUGGCAACUCCGUCUUACCAACCCAUUCACAACAACAACAACCCUCCUCAUCAGUACACCUACGGACUUCCUCUUCCGAUUCUUCCUAUACUUUCUCGACUUCCUCAACUGCCCAAUCACAUCGCUGGACCAUGCCGUCUCCGUAUAUACCCUCAAAUCCGUCGACCACCAUGCAACCCAAUCAAGCCAUCUACGUUAGUAAUCACCCUAAUCAUUCGCCUCAUCUUGUGUCCCCGUCUCCGUCUCCGUCUCCAUUUUCAUCAUUAUCUCCGUCCAACCCACAAACGUCGCCGGUCAUGGUGUUGAACAACAACAACGAUUCUCGAAAACAAACUUUGGCUCCUCCCCCUCCUCCUGCGGCGGGCGCCCCACCAGGGGCUGCCGCACCGACCGUGGGCGAGAAUGGUCAACCUAUCAAAAUUCGAAAAAAGCCAGGCCGUAAACCGAAUCCAGCGUCCCCAGCGUUACGUAAAGCACAGAACCGAGCUGCUCAACGGGCUUUUCGAGAACGCAAGGAACGUCAUUUGAAAGACCUGGAGAGCACGAUCAAAGUCCUUCGAGAACAGCGAACAAGCGCGGUCCGAGAUGCCAACGUUGCCAAGGGAAAAUUGGAUGCCCUACGUGCUGAGAAUUGGUACCUGAAAGGCGUUGUUCUGACACUUCAAUUUGUGUGCAUGCAUCACCAUAUCCAUAUUCCGACCCACUCGCCGUAUUUAAGCGAGGAAGCCCUCAGUGAAAUGGCACAAACGGCGCCACAUGCCAUUGAAGCGUACGUAAAUGCAUAUACUCGGAACAAUAUCAAUUUAAAACCGACCAUGGCCGCUCAUUUUGCCAAUGUACGAUCACCCGAGGUCGAUUACGAGGAAGAGGAGUAUCAACGCAGAGAGCGAGAAAGGAGUAACACCAGUCUAGAAAGUCAGCCAGAGUCUGGACUUUAUGGGGGAGAAGAAACCAUUGACCCGAAUGCACUUCACUUUUCAUCCCCGGCGUCAUCGGCCUUCCAGCGCGAUCGAAUGGGUUCGUCCAGUGAACCAUCAUCCAUGGCAUUUGGAGAGGAGGAUUUGCUGUCUCGGUCGUACAAGGAUGUGGACCUCAAGCUACCGAGUCGAUCGCCUUCGGCGGAGUCUGGAGAUCCGUGGUCGGGUGAAGCAACCAUCAAGCAGGAACCAAUGGAAGAGCAUCAAACGAUGGCCCAGUUGUUACACAAAGAGGGCCAGCCAGUGGAUGACAGCAAACCGAUGGCUUCCAGUCUAAGUGCCAUUCAGCGUAUCCGAUUGCAGCUGCGAGUUCAGUCGACGUUGACGAAUGUCGGUAAUUCGGCAGUACGACUUCAACCUACAAUUUUACAGUUGGCGAUUCCUCACGAUCCUCGCAUUGAUUUGAUUCCCACCCCUCACAUGCGCGAUCGAAUGAUUAUCUUUCGCGAUCAAAUGGACUAUGACCGUUGCUUUGCCAUGCUUUUGAAUGGUGCCGUUUACCACGGUGGCGAUCCUACAAUGAGUGCCAGUUGGGAAUUGCCAGCGGAAUUCUUUAGUGAAUUCUGGUAUCUUGCUACCAAUUACGAUGUCAACAGAACCAACAAGUGGCGCCGCCUAAAGGGUCUUCCCGAAAUCUCAGUGGGACCGAAACAAGAGGAACAACAGCAACAGCAACAGCAUCAACCACAUCAGCAACAAUCUAUGCCUCAGCAACCACCUAUGCAGGAUCCAGCAUCUCAGCAGACGCACUAUCCGGCCUCGUAUAUGGGCCAGGGUUCGAAUCCAUUCCAAUCUUCCGCAUGGGCGAAUGAUAUACUUAGUUCGAUGGGUUGCGGAAUGCCUACGCUGCAACCAUUAAGUCACCAGCAAGGAUUUGAUUUCUCUCCGCCGGGCGAUGUGAUGAUGGAUCUUGGAACGGAACCAACGCAUUUAUUGUAUGAACAAUUUAUGGGUCCAUCAUCGCAUGAUCGUCAUUCAACGCAAUCACCGAAUAUUGACGUAAUGAUGGACCUUAUGACUUCUCUAUCCACGGAUAUGACAUGAUAAUCUCUAGCAGCUUCUUAUGUAUCGUCUUAUAUCAUUCAUGUUCUAUGCCCUCUUUAAUUAUUUCUCUCCCUUAUUGCUGUUCUUUUCGUUUUUACCCAUCGUAUCUUUGCGCUGCUUCAUGUAUGUAUGAAAAACUCCAUUGUAAAUAUCAAAAAGGUCACCUGGAUCAAGUCGCU